AUGCACAUUUGUCCGGAAUUGAAUGACUUUUUGCUGUCUUUUGACACCCUUGAGGUGCUCGCUGUGAAACAAUGCUGGCCGUCUCUCGAAGCAAUUGUCCACCAUUCAAAUCUCAAAAAACUCACUUUCCAUGCCACCGAAAAUAGAGAGAGGAAACGGCAUUUACUGGACCUAGAGGAUCUUGAGUUCCUCGACAGAAUGUGCACUGGACUCGAGUUUCUGGAGAUCGAUAUUCGCCGAGAAGAUGAAUGGCCCGUAAAUAUCAUAGCGGUCCUUGCGAGAGGAUUUGCUAAUCUUCGUGAGCUGAGGUUUCACGUUGGGCUUGAUAUUCACCGGGGAAACAUCGAACCAACUCUCACCAAAAUCACCGCCAAUGAAUUCGUCGAGGUUUUGCUAUGUCACAGACUCUCCACUUCAAAGCUGAAACGUGUCAUACUCAAGACUGGUGAGAAUCUACGUGACUUCCGAGACGUGAAGCCUAGAUACGCGAGAGAGGAAGAGGAUUGUGCGGCUGAAUUCGAGAUACGGGCUCCUCAUGAUGGCAUAGGCGAGUGGGUAGUCGAAGAGCGUACUAUCGAAUAA